CUUCUGUCCUCGCGUGCGCUCGGGCUUCGUUGUUGGCCCCCUACCCUGGCUCUGUGUGUUGACAAACAUUUUGCUGCUGCUUGGAUACUCGUUCGUCUGCAAAUUGAUGGUGAUGUCGCUUGUUUGCAGGAGGAGAGGGCAGCCGAUACCCAUUUAGAGAGAGAAGCUCAGAGUUUUCUUCUUUUCGGCUGCAGUCGAGCAGGAUUUUUUCAAAUAGAAACUAAUUGCAGCGUUUCCAGUGGACCAGCAUUCAUAGGAAUGAAGACAAACACAGAGAUGGUGUGUCUAAGAAAUUUCAAAAGGUGUAGGCCUCCUGAUUGA